AUGUCGCUCGCAAAGUCCGUCUACAACACCGUAUUCAAGCGUAACUCGGUUUACGUCGGCUCCAUCUUCUUUGGCGCGUUUGCAUUCGGCAUCGGCUACGACCUUGCCACCACAGCAUGGUGGGACGCACACAACAAGGGCGUGAGUCUCGCUUCUCCUCUGCCACACACCACAGCACAACCGACGCAGCAGCCACUGACGCAUACGCAUCCAUGUUCAUCCUCUUCCAUUCCCAAACGCCAACAGAAGCAGUGGAAGGACAUCCGUGGAAAGUUCCUCGAGGACUCCGAGUAG